AUGGCAAAUCUCGUUCUAAACCCGGCCGGGGAGGCCAGGGCGCGCACACAGUAUCGCUGCUUCGAGUACUUGAGGCUCCUUGUGGCUGCGGCGGGACACGCUUUCGACGCGUACGGACUCGGAGACAGCAACCGAGACCGCUAUCUCGGCGACUGCAUCCAGUGCACAGACAUCUUGGAGCUCGUCGUCUGCGCUGCAGGGUGUGCGGCAGCCGGACCGUCCAGCGCGCCCCUGGAUGCCGAUUCUCCCAAGAUGGACUUACACCUGCCAGAGGCCAUGGGAGCUAGCGAAGCGGUCCUCCCAGCAGCGGACCCGGCAGAGGCCCACCGUCGCUACCAGAACUACUGCACUGAGAUGAACAGGGUGCAUCCGGACCCGCUGCACCCCGCGCCCGAACUGGCGACCACGGAGACAUACUUCAAGCUCGUCGACCACCUUUUCUCCUCCUUGGUCUAUGUGGAGAAGCUCAUGGGCACCCCGAAGAUCGACUGGAACGCAGACCACUUCACCCUGGACUACAAGCCCUGUCCAGACGAGGUCAAGCUGGUCAUCAACCUUGACGCAGAGGCCAUUAGCGCCAUGGACAACAAUAAGGACCUCCAGGAUAAGCGUACAUGGUGCAGCUGCCGCGUCAUACACCUUUUGGCCAUUAAUAUAGUUGCUGGAUUGGGGUACCAAUGCGUAGGCCUUACUUUGCCAUUCUACCUUACAGACCUGUCGGCUACUCCAUCGCAGACACUCAAUAGCACCGCAUUUUUCAAUCUGGCACAACUCAUUUGCUGUCCUCUCCUUCUUUGGGCGUCGGAGUUUAUUGGACGCCGAAUUAUCAUGUCCAUCUCCUUUGCAGGAUAUACCGUGAUGAUGGCUGUCUAUUCUUUGGCACUGUUAAUAGGUGAAGCCAAUACAGCUGCCGGAAAUCAAAGCAAAAUCAACUUCAUCCUUGGGAUGCGUGCUAUUAAUGGCAUCUUUGCCAUCACCAUCCCCAUUUCAUUUCUGAUUGCUUCUGACAUCGCCAAUCCUAGGGUGAGACCGAUGGUACUAAUAGGUGCCAAUGUAUGCAACCAGUUGGGGUCUGCCGCCGCUUCCUUGUUGGUGUCCUUUGUUUUUUCUACUGGAAGAUAUGAUACGAAAACCAAUCCGUCAGCGGUUUCUAUAAGUUUCCAGCACACAUGCUAUGUGGCUUCUGUCUCAUAUGCCCUAUGCUUGAUCUUAUCUGUUUGCAUGAAGGAGUCGUCCGCAGGUGUUCUUGCCAGAAAAGCUGCCAAGAAAAUGGGGAAAACCAACACCACUGCCUACAGGGAAAACUUGAAGAGGGACAGCUUCUGCACCACGUUCAAGGUGCUUGUGAAGAGUAGGGAGCUUGUCAUUCUUUGGUUUGCUUACCUUUUCCAAAUGUUUUCGUCUCAGCUUCCGUUCAGCAGCAGCACAUACAUAGUUUCUAAGUUCUAUGGGUUCUCAGACUCGCAAGUCGCAAAGAAGUGGAGCAGCAUUGCGGCAUUUGUCUCUGUUCUGAUAGCACUGGCCUUUGUACUCGGAUUAACUCGCAUCCUGGCUAAGUAUAUGGGUGAGCUGCGUGUCAUUAUCAUGUCUAUAAUCUUGUCAAUGAUACCUGGGCUUUUACGCUGGGCAGUUGAUCCACCAAUCCCGAUUUGGCUCUUGUUUCUUCCGUUCAAUACCAUUGCACUGAACCUGGGCGACGCUCUAAUCGUGCAAUUUGCAACUCUCUAUACCACUCCCCAGAAUAGAGGGACGUUGAUGGGCCUCUUUCAGAUAGGUAACAGCAUUGGACGGUUCGGGGCUGCAUUGAUGGCCGGGGAGCUUUACAACUGGAACUGGAGGAAUGGAUCUUUGCUGUUUAUGCUCUAUGGUUCGGUAUCCCUCAUUUUCUUAUGCUUUGUAAGGCCUAUUCUCGAGCAGAACGUCGCAAACCAGCUGGAACAAAAGCAAAAGGAGGAGAGAGCCUCCUUGGCCCGUGUGUGA